CGAGUGCGCGGAGCUAUGUAAAAUACUUGUAUUUACAACACAGUACUAGGUUUGAGUAGGCGACAUUUCAAGUUUAAAAAUUUAUACUUAUUAUCAUUGUUUUUUGUUUUUGUUUUUUUUAAUUGUGUGGAUCAAUUUGGACAUAAAGAAUGUUCCCGAGAAGUAUGAAGUAAUUCUGUUCGCCGAUUUUAAUAUUAUCUAUAAAACAUCGCAAUCCGGGACCAUCGGGGGUCGGCAGUACUAGAUUUACCGCUCACCGUGCCGGACUACAUUUACACCCACCCACGUACUACAUUUACCGCUUGCCAUAAACACCGCGGACUCAUAGAAGCUUGAGAAACCUGCUGACGGUGAAAGAAUAGAGGGCCAACAGAAUACCAAUAACUUAUUCACAUAGCGUAACCAGUGGAAGAUGAAAUGAAACAAUAUUGUUUAUUCCUAAGGAUGAGCCAAGCUUUGUCCAUGUGAUAGACGAGAGACAAUGGGGAAAAAAGACAAGAAAGAUCGAGAAGAAAGAAAAGCCAAGAAGUCAAAGUUAGAGUAUGAAGAAUAUGCAGAAGAGGAGUCAGUGGAAGCCGAGCCAUCAAAAGGUGAAGUUCCAGAUGCAGCCACUCGAUCAGUUGAUGAUGCAGGGAAAGAGGAUGAGUUUGGGGCGAAAGACUACAGACCGGAACUAGCUCUCAAAGCUGACCACAGCUCAAGGCCACUGUUUGUGGCUCCCAAUGGACACAUAUUUCUGGAGUCUUUUUCACCAGUUUACAGACAUGCACACGACUUCUUGAUCGCCAUCUCAGAGCCCGUGUGUCGCCCGGAGUUUGUACAGGAGUACAAGCUGACAGCUUACUCCCUCUACGCUGCUGUCUCAGUUGGCUUGGAAACCAAUGACAUCAUAGAAUAUUUAAGGCGACUCUGUAAAACAACUCUACCCAAAGGGAUAGAGGAGUUCAUCAAGCUAUGUACCCUGAGUUAUGGGAAGGUGAAACUGGUGCUUAAACACAACAAAUACUACGUGGAAAGUCAACACCCGGAUGUGAUCCAGAUAUUGCUGAAGGACCCUGUGAUACAAGAGUGUAGAUUUCGCUCCGAUGACACCGACCUACUUACAGGCCAGGUGUCCUCUAAAUCUGCCCUUCAGCUGGCCAAGCCAGGACCCAGUACGUCAGCUGAAGGGGAGGACAGACAGGAAGAGGCGACUGGAGAGGAAGUGCCGGACGAUAUCUAUGCUUACUAUGAUAAAAUGGACAAAGAAGAAGAUGAGGAAGAGGAUACCAAAACCGUGUCAUUUGAGGUCAAGCAAGAGAAGAUCGAGGUCAUACAGAAAAGAUGUAUAGAGCUGGAAUAUCCGCUGUUGGCAGAAUAUGACUUCAAGAAUGAUACAGUCAAUCCCGACAUCAACAUAGAUCUGAAGCCGUCUACGAUCUUACGACCAUACCAGGAGAAGAGUCUCAGGAAGAUGUUCGGAAACGGUCGAGCUCGGUCCGGUGUCAUCGUAUUGCCCUGUGGUGCCGGAAAGACUUUGGUGGGUGUGACAGCGGCGUGUACUGUCAGGAAGAGGACGAUUUGUCUAGCCACAUCAGGGGUCGCUGUAGAGCAGUGGAAACAACAGUUUAAGUUGUGGUCCACAGCAGAUGACAGUAUCAUAUGCAGAUUUACUUCUGAUGCCAAGGACAAACCAAUAGGAUCUUCCAUCCUAAUCAGUACCUACUCAAUGUUGGCCCAUUCCACCAAACGUUCUUGGGAGGCAGAAAAAGUCAUGGAGUGGAUGCAGAGUCAGGAAUGGGGAAUCAUGAUUCUGGACGAGGUACAGACAAUUCCAGCUCGCAUGUUUAGGCGUGUUCUGACGAUCGUGAAUGCUCACUGUAAGCUUGGGCUGACUGCUACACUGGUCCGAGAGGAUGAUAAAAUUGCUGACCUGAAUUUCCUGAUUGGACCGAAGCUGUACGAGGCAAAUUGGAUGGAACUACAGAAUAAUGGGUACAUCGCCCGAGUGCAGUGUGCAGAGGUUUGGUGCCCUAUGGCUCCAGAAUUUUACAGAGAGUAUCUCAAUACCAAAUCACAAAAGAAACUGUUGUUGUCAGUCGUGAAUCCAAACAAAUUUCGAGCUUGUCAGUUCCUGAUCAGAUACCACGAGAGACGUAACGACAAAAUCAUAGUGUUCUCGGAUAAUGUGUUUGCCCUGAAAAGUUAUGCCAUUAAGCUGAAUAAGCCAUAUUUGUAUGGACCCACCUCACAAGGGGAGAGAAUGCAGAUUUUACAGAACUUUGUCCAUAAUCCAAAAGUCAACACCAUCUUUGUAUCCAAGGUUGCUGAUACUUCCUUUGACCUCCCAGAAGCCAAUGUGCUAAUUCAGAUCUCGGCCCACGGUGGCUCACGUAGGCAGGAGGCCCAGAGGAUGGGAAGAAUUCUAAGGGCUAAAAAGGGCGCUGUAGCGGAGGAGUACAACGCCUUCUUUUACUCCCUGGUUUCCCAGGAUACAAUGGAGAUGCACUUCUCUCUGAAGAGACAGAGGUUUCUAGUCAACCAGGGCUAUGCCUACAAAGUCAUCACCAAACUCGCCGGCAUGGAGGAAGAAAAUCUGGGUUAUGAUACAAAAGAGGAGCAAGCUCAGCUGUUACAGAAGGUGUGUGCUGCCACGGAACAGGACGCUGAGGAGGAAAGACUGGCCGGAGAGGGGGGAUUCUCACAGGUUAGCAGGAGGGUGGGUAGUAUGAGUUCUAUGUCGGGAGCAGACGACAGCCUUUAUAUGGAAUUCAAGGGCAAGAAACUGGCAGCCUCAAGCGGCCAUGCUCACCCUCUGUUUAAAAGGUUCAGAAAAAUCUGAUUGAAUGCAAUUUAGGACAAAAUGAAAGGGAAGACUGGCACAGCCCUUGUGUGAAGCUAAGAAAAGCAUUACAGGAAAUGGAUUUCUGUUGGAGUUAUGGGAAAGAAAACUGAUGUGUUGUCUGGUCAUGCUUGUGCAUGAACGAUACCUCAUUUCUUAAACGGUUGUGUUUUUGUUAAGGAUAAGUUAGUGUUAGUCUAGAUGUACAUUCAGUGUAUGUACUGAUAUGUACUGAUACUAAAGCAUACUGAUUUUGUAUUCAAGUACAUGUACAAUGAUUGUAUGUUUAACUUUUUUAUGAACUAGACUACAGUACUCGAAGGAGCAGAGCUCUUGUCGUUAAAGGAUCUUCAACAUUUCAUGUUCAUGUACAAAAAAUUUUUUGUUUGCUAGACAUUGUACAUCAUUUUAAUAUGUAGAAUGAUCUGACUCUCUCAGUUAUGUACAUACCAUGAACUUAUCCAGCAUGGAUUGAAAACGAGCAGGAUUUAUUUCUUCUAAGGCAGUUAUAUGCACAAAUGUCAAUCAUAAUAUUUGUACCAAUAUCAGACAAUUGCGCUGUUGAUAUAUCAAAUUGGAAGGUGUUUGUACAUGGAUAAAUUCAAUUUUUUUUGUUUAUUUCUCAUGAAUUAUUGCGAAAUGUUGAUUGUCAAGCAAAAUAAAAUAAUACGUGUACAA